AUCAUAGCAGCAGUCUGCACAAUGGAUCUACACUCUCACCUCAAAAAUAUGAUUUAAAUUCAUACUGCGCAGACUUGAGAAAGUGGUGCCAGGUUGUCGUGACAAUGGCUGCGGACAUGCCCCUCUGUUACCACGGUGCCCUCAGCAGGAAGGACUGUGAGGCGCUGAUGGGGAAGAAGAACAAAGAUGGCGCCUACCUGAUCCGUGACAGUGAGACUUUCCAGGGAGCCAUGUGCCUAUGCGUCUAUAAGAAGCAUGUGAUUUACACAUACCGACUGCUCAAGACCCUCAACGGACAAUACACACUGCUGACAAGUGGAGCCUGUGAAGAAGAGUAUUUCAAAUCAAUAGAUGACCUUAUCCAGCAUUACAAGAGGAAAAACCAAGGACUGGCCAUGCACCUUCGUCAUUCUAUAAAGAGGAAGACUGCACUGCUAAUACGGGCCACAACACAGUGCCACAACCAGAAUCAAGUCCAGAGACCGGAACAGGGACCGGAACAGGGACCAGAACAGGGACGAGAACAGAGACCGGACCAUAGACUACAGGAGACCAGGGACCUUAGAGGACCCUGUAGUCCAGAAGUGAACCGGUCCUUGAGAGGAGGAGAGGAGAGACGGGAGGGUUGGGUACGAGAGUCAGUUCCCAACCCGGCUGAACAUGAAGAAGUGGAGUAUGAGAAUGUUCCUGACUAUGUGGAAGUGGAGCCUUCGUGAACAACAUGUGAUGCUUCAGUAUCUUCGAAAACUUUUUUCUGCAAAGGACAAACCUGAAGAUUAUAGAUUUAUGAAGUUUUUUCACUGGACAAAAAGUACCUUAAUUAUAGUUCAAU